AAAUUACAAAUCUUAUCGUAAUAUUAAUUUGUUUGCGAUGUUAUUUGUUAGGAAAAUAAAUUUACAACAUUGUGGACGCAAAAGAUUCACAGAUCUUUUAAUACAAUUCUAAGCUUGACUUUCUGUCUACCGUAAAGUAUAUCGCACGACAACUCUUUGUUUUGGAGAUUUUGAUGAUUGAAAAUGAAUAUUUAUUUUCGUGUAUCAACUUGAUCAUACUUCAGCUGUGGCCCAAUCGUUGCUCACGCUGAUACUCUAUCAACCAACUGAUUUGUAUAUGAUUUAUUACGUUCCCACGCAAUUGUGUACAAAGUUAUACACAUUUUUUAUUGAUAUUUGAUUUGCAACUGAUGCACAGUUUAUUCGAUAUAUAGUUGCGUGGCGAUAUCGUAAAGUUUUUGUGAAAACAAAGUCUACUUAGACAAACAUUUGAUAAAUAAAGUGUAGAAAGUACGAAUAUGGAUGAUGAUGAUCAGUAUCAAACUGGGUACGAUGUAGGGUCAUUUCCUAAAGAUUUCGGAUACGCUCCGUUCGAUGGAGAAACAGAGGGAUCCAUGGAUCCCUUGGCAGGGGAACAAAAGCCUAGAAUUCUUUUAAUGGGCCUGAGAAGGAGUGGAAAAUCGUCGAUACAGAAAGUUGUUUUUCAUAAGAUGUCACCCAACGAAACGUUAUUUCUCGAAAGCACAAACAAAAUUAUUAAAGACGAUAUAAGCAAUUCCAGUUUUGUUCAGUUUCAAAUUUGGGACUUUCCUGGACAAAUCGACUUCUUCGAUCCGACUUUCGACAGUGACAUGAUAUUCGGUGGUUGUGGGGCAUUAGUUUUUGUCAUUGAUGCUCAAGAUGAUUACAUGGAGGCUCUCAACAAACUCCACUUAACAGUGACGAAAGCAUACAAAGUGAAUCAAGCUAUAAAGUUCGAAGUGUUCAUACAUAAAGUCGAUGGUUUAUCCGAUGAUUGCAAAAUGGAAACGCAAAGGGAUAUACAUACUAGAGCGAACGACGAUCUCUCGGAUUCUGGAUGUGAUCAGAUACAUCUAAGUUUCCAUUUAACGUCUAUAUACGACCACAGUAUAUUUGAAGCAUUUAGUAAAGUUGUACAAAAACUGAUACCACAGUUACCGACAUUAGAAAAUUUACUUAAUAUACUCAUAUCAAAUUCUGCGAUUGAGAAAGCAUUUUUAUUUGACGUAGUGUCUAAAAUUUACAUCGCAACGGAUAGCUCUCCUGUAGACAUGCAGAGCUACGAACUCUGUUGCGACAUGAUCGACGUCGUUAUCGAUGUAUCUUGCAUAUACGGUCUGAGAGAGGAUCUAGAGGCUGCAGCGUUUGAUAGUCAAAGUUCUAGCUUAAUUAAAUUAAAUAACGGGACGAUUUUAUAUUUGCGAGAGGUGAACAAAUUCUUGGCCUUAGUCUGUAUCUUGCGCGAAGACAAUUUCGACAGGCAAGGCGUGAUCGAUUAUAACUUUCUCUGCUUUCGCGAAGCUAUACAACAGGUGUUUGAACUGCGUAAUAAAGCUUUAAGUUCGACAAGUGUUAACAAUCAUUCGACGCCUCCCGUUAAUCUGAACGAAACCGCAAACGCGUCUACGGUAACGCAAAGUGGAACGAUGGGACAAAACGGGACCGUUGUACUCGCACAGAGUUUCGCGCAAAAUCGAAUUUUCCUCUAAAACAUUUUGGUACGGAGACAAUUUUCCACGGGUAAUCUUCUCACAUUUAUUUUAAACGCGGAUGAUGAUAUUAUCGUAAACAUGUUAAUCUUAAUUUAAUUUCAUAAAUAUUUACUUAAUGCAAGAUUUAACUAUUUUAUUACUUCCUAAUUCUCUUUUUUCUAAUAGAACUACGUUUAAACAGAUCAUAUAAAUGUAUAUAUAUGUAUAUUCUUAUGUAUCAAAAUAAAUUAUUACCGUCUACUGGA